CCCUGCCUAUCAUCCACUCCUCAAAAAAAAAACACGAAUAUCCUAGUUAUCGUUUCCCGGGGGGGGAAGAAGAAAAAAGGGAUAAUUUUAGUUUUACUUUAAUUUCACUGACAGGCGAAGGGAGCGCCUUCCGGCAGAGAGCGGGAUAAUGAUGCGCCAGAUACAGGGAGAGCACGGAGCUGGGGUCGGGGUCGAGUCGCUUUGCUGAAUAAUCCCAGGCGAGGGGCGCCUGGCAGCGGCCUGUAGAGCGGGGAGGAGGAGGAGGUGGAAAGGGGGGUGGGGGGGGCAAGGCGCUGCUCGCUCCCGCGGGGCCGUUAACAGCUUGCGGCCUAGUUGCCGUGCGUGUCUUUCCCCCCCCCACCCGCCGCCACCUUACCAACCCCCCACUUCUCCACCCCCAAGCCCAAAACCUAACCCCUCGCCCUCCCACUUUCACACGCUCAACACGCUCAACCUUCCCUUUCCUCCUCCUCCUUCCCCUUCCCCGCUGCCGCCGCACGACCAUCACCAUGGCAGAGGAGCAGCCACAGCCGGAGCCCGGGCAACAGCCUCGCAAACAAGAGGGCACCGGGGCUUUGCCGUCUCUGGUGCCUGGGCUGUCACAGUCGGAGGCGAGUGCACUGCAGCAGAAACUGAAAUACUUGAUCUGCAAAACUGUACAAUCAAAAGUGGACUGCAUUUUGCAAGAAGUGAUGAAGUUUACAGAUCUAGAAAAACUCUACCUCUACCUUCAGUUGCCUUCUGGUCCUAGUAAUGGAAUCAAAAGUAAUCCAAGCUCUUUAUCAUCCAGUCGUACACAACAAAUGCAUGCUUGUAACUGGAUCCGAAAUCAUUUGGAGGACCACCCAGAUACUUCACUGCCCAAACAAGAAGUCUAUGACGAAUACAAAGGCUAUUGUGACAAUCUUGGUUAUAACUCUUUAAGUGCAGCUGACUUUGGGAAGGUUAUGAGGAAUGUCUUUCCAAACAUGAAAGCUCGACGCCUAGGCACGAGAGGCAAAUCAAAAUAUUGCUAUAGUGGUCUGAGGAAAAAAGCUUUUGUUCACAUGCCAUCGCUACCAAGUCUGGAUUUUCACAAAACUGGAGAAGGGUCUGAAGGAUCACAUUCUGCAGACCACCUGCAGAGCAUUGAAGAAGAGGUCAGAUCUGCAGCUUGCAGUCUGGUAUGUGAGUGGGCCCAGAAAGUAUUAAUCCGAAAAUUUGAUUCAGUGACUGAUCUAGCUCGCUUCCUUGUUACCAGUCACUAUAUUGGCACAAAGUCUGUUGCUGCAUUGUCGGUGAUGGCAGGUGCAACUUCAGGAACAAAGCAACCUUCUGCUUUUGUGCCCAUGACUGAAAGCAAUUCCUUUCAGCCACAGGUAAAGACUUUGCUUUCCCCAUCAGUUGAUGCCAAACAACAGUUGCAACGUAAAAUUCAGCAAAAUACAUUGAAGAAACAGCAGGAACAAAAACUUCAAUCUCCACUACCAGGCGAGCAACAAGUAAAAAAACUAGAAGGUGCCACUGUUGGGCAAGUGUCCAACAUCCCAAAUGGAAGCCCUGCUCUUCUUUCUCCUCAACCUACCAUUGGCAUUGUGGUGGCAACUGUUCCCAGCCCUAUCCAAAUGCAAAGAAGCAGACAGAUGAUGACAUCACCGAGUCCAUUAGGUUCAUCAGAUAGCAAGGUCCUUCCUUUGAAUGUUCAAGUUGUUGCACAACACAUGCAGUCAGUCAAACAGCAGCAGAAGACUGUCCAGAAUGUUCCUGCCAGUCCACAUAAUGAUCGCUCAAGACCUCGUUAUCAUCAAAUUUUGCCUAAACCAGCCUCAACCAGCACACUUACCCUGAAUUCUCCAACAACAGUACUUUUGGCUGGAAGUCCAAUUAAAAGUGUUGUUUGUGGGACAUCCCACGCAAGCCCCUUGAAUAUGGUAAAGAUGGCAGCAAUAUCUCUCCCUCCUAACACUGGCACAUCUCCCAAACCUACAUCAUCAGCAAAUAACAAUACUGGAACAACAGACAAAUUGAAAACUACAACAUUGAGAGGUAGCUCAACUUCUUGUCUUCCUGCUGCAGGAUCCAAAACAAAUAACGUAACAACCACACCUACUGCCGAGGUAAUUAAAGCUGAACAUGAAGCAAUAUCAAGUGAUGAAAAGCAGAUUCAGUGCCAAGAGAAUUUAAGUCAAAUGAAGGAUCCUAAAAGAACAGUUGGCUACUCACCUUGUGAGCAGAAAAAUAAUAGUGAAGCUAUCGUGAAAGUGAAGCCAUCAAAUGGGAAAACAGCUAAUGAGAAGACAGCAAAAGUCUGUAAUAGUCAGAAAACUGAAGGAAGAAAGACCAAAAAUGAAGGGAAAUUUGUACAGCAUGAAAAUCUGACCAUUUCGAUAGCAGGAAAUAACCAAAAUGUUUUUUCUGUUUCCUCUACUUCAAAUUUCACAGACACCAGCAUUAGUGCAAAGUCCAUUACUGAUACUGCCAAGUCUCCUAAAGACAAUGGGCUGUGUCCAAAAAGUCCAAGAAAACGUUCUCCCUCAACUUCUGCAUUUGAACCACAGGUGCCUCCUGUGAAGAAAGCUAUGCUUUUAGAACGCACUAUAACUAGUGUAGAACAUCAGAAGGCCUGCCAUGGCACUGUAGUAAUGACAUCUCCAAAACCAACUGCAGAUUUACCAGUAAAAGGUGAGAAUGCAGCAGCAGUGGUUCAGGCACCUGGUAAAGUUACUGUUAAACUGAAUACAACGGGAAUAACCCGUAUAUUAGCAAAUCCUUCAUCUAAUAUUCAAGUAGUAACCUUAGAUUACUCACAGACUACUGCAGACCAAACAACUACCUUACAAGAAAACAAAACAACAGAUUUGGAAAUGGGUUCAUUCAAUUUGCAAGGAAACACAAGUACAAAACUGACCACCAGUCAUACUGACAUGCAGCAUAUCAAAAAGGAUCAGCAGUGUUUUGUGGCUGCAGAAAGACUACCAGUUUUAAAUGCUGAUGUCGUUGGAAAUUCAGGGACCACUGAUUAUCAGGUGUCUGAAUGGGAGCCAGGACAACAUAAUGGGUUGGAUCAACAGUCUUAUGAUCAGCAAAUGCACACUCAGAACCAGCUACAAAGUUCUACAUCAAUUCAGUUACAAGACCUAAAUCAAGCAACGCUAUCGAACCAGUUACCUCUGCAGGAUAACUUGAUGGAGCUUGCACCUUCAGGUUCACAAAACAAUGAAAACUACUUCCAGUUUGAUGAAGAUCUCACACAGGACAGUAUUGUAGAAGAAUUAGUAUUAUUUGAAGAGCAAAUGUCUAUGAAUGUUGGUUAUGGAACUGGUUUGGGAAUAUCUGCUCAUUCCACAAUAGGUCAAGGUACAGUACUGUCAUCUCAUCAAGCUGGACAAUUCUAUCAUCCAAUCCAUAGCAGUGGCACUCCAACCCCAACUCCUACACCAACACCAACACCAACUCCUACACCCAAUCCAACACCUACGUCAGAGAUGAUUGGCUCUCAAACUUGUUCAAGUCCAAGUUCUAGAAUGGCUCAAACAACGCCUGUAGAUAGUGCGCUUGGCAGCAGUAGGCAUACACCAAUUGGCACUCCCCAUUCGAAUUGUAGCAGUAGUGUGCCUCCUAGCCCUGUUGAAUGCAGAAACCCUUUUGCUUUUACUCCCAUAAGCUCCAGUAUGGCAUACCAGGAUGCUAGUGUUAUUUCUAGCAGUCCUGUUAAACCAAUGCAGAGACCCAUGGCCACUCACCCAGACAAGACAAAAAUUGAAUGGAUGAAUAAUGGAUACAACACUGGAGUAGGCAACUCCACAGUUUCUAACAAUGGUGUUGGUAUUCUGUCCAGCUAUCAGGAACUGACUGAGGACCACUUUAGAAAGCCACAUGCCUUUGCUGUUCCUGGACAAACAAUGCAGUCAUAUCACCAUAAUGCCAUGCAGUUACAAUCCAGACAUCAUGAUGCUCAGUUGGGUCGUUUGACUCCAGUUUCGCCUGUACCACACCAGGCAGCUUCAGUGGCUAAUGGCAAUAAGCAGGAGGGUUUUGCAGUUCCAGCACCACUUGAUAACAAAGGAAUGCAUUCAUUAAUCAGUAACUUUAGGUGUCGCAGUGUCAGUCCUGCUGUUCAUCGUCAGCGUAAUCUUAGUGGAAGUACUUUAACUCCUGUGAAUAACUUGCCAAGAACAAGUUUGGCAUCUUUUGGAAGCCCAGUAACACCUGAAGUUCAUAACACCUUUGGUAAAAGUCUUUCAGAUAACAGUGCCAACAGUAUGGCUCAACGAAGCCAAUCUGUCCCUUUGUCUGUUAUGAUGCAGACUCCUUUCCCAUCUUACCAGAAGCAAACCAACACUAAGAAAAUUACAAAUGUGUUGUUAAACAAACUUGAUUCAGACAGUGAUGAUGCAGUCAGAGGUCUAGGAAUAAACAAUCUGCCCUCCAAUUAUACAGCAAGGAUGAAUCUUACUCAAAUAUUGGAGACAACAUCUAAUUGUGGUAGUGCCAACCAGCAACCAAUGAUUAGUUCAAGCACUUCUGUCUUUGAAUUCCAGAAGCCUAGUUACCUCAUAAAACACACCGAUAAUGAUCAGUUGGGUUAUAUUUCUGAGGAUAAUCAAGCACAAACAGAAGCCAGAGAGCAAUCAUUGGAUUUCAACAAUACAGUCAAAGACUUUCUGGCUGAAGAUAGCCUACAACCAAACCAGCAAAUGGUUGGUCAAGUAACAUCAGAUCUCAACGUUGCCUCUGAUUUCUCCAGUGAUCUCAGGUUGUCCACGGAGUUUUCAGGCAGCAUAAAUGAUUUGAGCACUUUAGAUACAAAUCUGCUGUUUGACCCAAGUAAACAACAGGGACAAGAUGUUGAUACUACACUGGAGGAAUUGAAUGAUGAUGCAGUGUUCCAGCAAAUCUGUAAUGAGUCCAUGAGUUCCAUGCAGUCUUCAGGUUUUGACUGGAUGGAAAGUAAAGAUCAUCCUGCGGUUGAAAUGUUAGGUUAAAUCAAAGAGUACAGUUUAACAUAUAGCACACCCUUAAUUUUUUGACACAUCCUAUUUGGCCUAAUAGAUGUGCCUGCCUUAAGAGAAACAAUUUUUCCUUUCUAAAAAAAAAAUGGUGUUACAGGAGAAAACCAACUACUUUUACAUACUUGGCGUUCAAUAAUCUUGUGUCCAUAAUUUUAUUUUAGGUGCCAGUAUUUGAUAUCUUCCAGUAUGUAUGUUAUCCCAUAAGCAAGUGGGUUUGUUUAUAAGCUAAUCUGUCUCAGGUAGAUUGCUCUUGUAAAAUGUAAAUGCAGUUAGUCUUUUUAAGAUCAAUGGUGAGAUUAAAUCUUAUUCAGUUUAGGUCAGUUUAUCUUGUGUACAGAAACAUUUUAACUCAUUGCCCUUCUGACUUUUUAUUAUUCAGUAUACGAUUUUGUUGACUAUAAUUUCAAUCCAGCAUCUCUUUUUAAAAAGAAUAAUCAUAGUGUGAAAUAUAGUUACUAUUGCCCUGCACAUUAAGUUAAUCCAUUUGGUUUACUUUGUGUUUUCUACUGAAAUUUCCAUAACUGUCUUGAAAGAAACUGUUUAUAUAUGGGUAUCAAAGUCUCCUUUUGUUUUUGUUCUCUGCUUAAUUUUACUCAUUGGUGGCAUCUGGAAGGUAACAUAAUGUACAAGAAGAAUGCAGUUCUCAGUGACAAAAAAGGAGACCAGGGGAUACAUUGCUAAUUCAUGAGAUCGCUCAAACAACAAAAGUGGAUCACAGAAUUCCAGGUUGCCUUAAUUGACUUGGCAUUUUGAGUUAUGUGAUAAAGUUAGGUACAUUUCCUCAGUUGUCAGCAGCGUAAAUUUAUCUUUUAACAUGGAAUAUUCAAACCCUUAAAUUUGGCAAUUUAGACAUGACAGCAUAUGCAUCAAGUAUUUUAUCCCUUUGUGAUAUUCCUAUUGGACUUAUUAACUUGUUUUUGAUACAUUCCUCUGCAGUAUUUUAAUGGCAGUGUUAAACCCAUUUAUAUUAAACACGUAAGCAACUAUGUUAAAAUAGUGCAUACAGAAAUUGAACACAAACUCAUUAACAAGUGCACUAAAAAUAAUGCUUUAAACUCCUUGCACCUUUUACUGAGAGUCUAAAUUAUACAGCAAGUCAAUGGGGAAUUCUUUAAAAAAAACAUAUUUCUUUGUUUUAACAAUAUGCUGUAAUAAGAACUUUAAAUAGAAAGCUUUCACCUAGAAAAUGAUGUUCAUCAUGUGCCCGAAAGAAAGGGAAGAUGCAUCAAAAUACAUGAAUGUUAAAACAUUGAAAAGAACAGAAAACUAAGAAGUUGCAGGUAUUUUUCUGUCCUAAAAGGAUGAAAUUAUACUUUACUGGACAGUAUCUCACAGUACAGCAGGAUUGAGUGAAACGAUUUGACAGUGGAAUAUUGGUGAAUAAACUCAAAAGAAAUUCACUACAUCCAAAAAGAAAUUGGCUUGAAUUUGUCUCUGGUAUAAUUUAUCUACUUUGUCUCCCCCUUGAGAGUAUAUCUUUAUCAAAAUCCACAAGUUUUUCUGAUUGUGCUUCAGGUAAAUAUAAAAUUGAAUAUGAUCCUGAAAUAUACAUUUUUACAAAGUAGAGAUUCGAAGAAUUUUGAUCUGAACAGAAGCAAUACAGAAAUAGGGAACUCAGUUGAGCAUAUUGAGGAUAAACACCAAUGCAGACAUUUUGAUUUGAGUGCCAUAUUUCUGUAUUGCAGGUUUUGUCUAAUUCAUUGUAAAGCUUGGACUACCCCUUCAAAAACAAUGGUGCAAAGAUAAUCUGUAAUACUUUUUAAAAGGGCAAAGGAUAAAUAUUUGAACAAGAAUUAUUAAGAAGUGAAGAAUGUUGGGGAAAUUAUGCUAAGUGGAUAACUCCUUCAUACACAUUACUUGGGCACAAACGUCGUCUGAUGAAAUAAAUUGUUUUGCUUUUACCAUUGUCUACAUCUCUGAAGUAGAUGGCAGAAAAUUGAACAGGGUUCUGAAUGCAACUUGGUCUUUUUGCUGCAAGUAGUUGUGUAUGUUUCAAUAUUUCCCCUUCUUAACUGGGAAUGAUUAAAAGCAUAAACAAUUUGUAUCUUAAACCUUUUUGAAUUGUAAAGUUCUACAUCACAUUGCAUUAAUCUUUGGAGCAUUCACUGGAACUUCUAAAUUUUUAGGAAAGAGAAUUGAGUUUGACUGCUUUACCUCCCAGUUGAACAGCCGUCUAAAAUCCAAAUUUUCACCUGAAGAAUAUCAAUUUAUUUCAGAUAACCUGAGAGCUUCAUACAUCAUGGAAUUGUAAAUAGAUAUGAAGUCACAUUAAAAAGAAAUAGGAUGGGGAUUUGAUUGGAAAAUUAGAAUGGUUAAGAAAAACUACGACAAAUUGUGUAAUAAAUUUAUGUAAUUUGACCCAGUAUAUAGUGUAAUAACUUGUCUAAUGAUAUGUAUUUCCCAAUAUAUAAAUUAUCGAUCAUCUCAUUCAGUAGCUAAGCACUUUAAACAAAUGAUCAGCAAACUGUAAAACAAUUUUUAAGCAACACCAAGUUUUAUUUCCAAAUAUUAAGCCUCUAAAUAUUCCAUGAAAAAUUGGAAAUUUGGAAAAAGAAACACUUUGCUAGAACUCUAGCUUCGAUGAAAUAAAUAUUUUGAAUUUAAUGUUAUGGAGCCACCUUGAUUGUUUUGUGACAAAUGCCUGUACAAAUUUUAAUGAUUCCCAGUAAUUGUCACUUUCGCAAAAUUCACAGUUUAGUAAUUGUUCUAGGAUUUAAUGGACACUUGGAGUUGUAAUGUUUCCUGAACUGUUCUGUUGCAAUUUAUAAAAUUUGCUUUUAUUUAAAUUUUAAUGAUUCUGCCAGUUUGCACAGUGGUGAGGUACUUAAUCCAUUUCCCUAAAAUGUAGCAGAACCUUUUGACUACCUAAUGUGUGUAACAAUGGUUAUGAAAAACCUAUAUUCCAUUUUAAUUGUUAUGACUAAAUGUAUGCAUAAUAAUGAAAAUAAGAAUUUGGUAACACAAAUUGAAUAUUAAGUUGCAUCUCAGUUACAGUUGAUCCACAUACAUAAAAUAUAUUUCAAUUUAACAGUUCUCCACAAACUGAAAUUUUGAUUACAGGAUUGCUAGUCUGUGGCACCAAAUAUUUUUUGUUAUUUACUUCAAUAACAUUCUAAACCAUCAGAAUUUUAUUCUAGUUGUAUAAACAUUUUUAACCUUGCACGUUAAUUUGGGGGAUACGAAAUUGAAAACAUAAUCUCUGCAAUGAGCAGUAAUACAAAUGUGUAUCCCUUUGAUAACAAGUUCUAGCCAUCCAAAAUUUAUCCCAUUGGACAAGUAGAAUUCAGAUGUUAAAAAUCAACUUCAAAAUAUGGGCUUCUGUUGAAAAUCCCUGUUUGAACUUUAGUGCAGUUCAGUUUAUGCACCUGUGUGGCCACAGGAUGGUGCUGUACUCCAAUGUACGCUUUUUUAAACAUAACCGAGUACUCUGGAGCAACUCGACAUAUCUAGUAGCAUCUGUGGAGAGAAAUUUUCUCAACAUAGAUCCUGCUGUAUCUCCAACACCCUGCUUCUGUUUCAGAUCUCCAGCAUCCACAGUUCUUUGUUUUUUAUUUUUUUAAAUUAAUUUAAACUUCAUUUUAAAUUAAUUUUAAAUGUUGAUGUUUCUGCCCCAGGUGAAGCUGUUUGAGUAACUCUUUGCCCCUUCCUGAUUUAUAGCAAAUCAUCAAAUACAGUCAGUAAUUUCAAAUUGUUAAAUCAGAACUUAAACUGAAUUUUGUCUGCUUGCUUAAUGAUAGUUAAAGGAAAUAUUAAAUAAUUUUUGAAGAUGGUAGUGUGACACUAAGUGAUAUCUGGUUUUGUAAGGCAAUUGGUAUUAUCAUGAAAUUAGAUUUUUUUGACUUUUGACUUCCUUUUGUUUCCCAAUUUCGUUUGAAACUGCUGUGUUGUGUUUGAUGAUGGAAUGAAAGGCACAUUCCUCCUUUUUUAGCUAAAUAUUUUCAAACAGCCACUUGAAAACAGUUUAUUUCUGUUCUAGAUCAAUUGUUAUUAUUGCUAUGGUCAUUUGUCAAUCAUGAAGAAUGCAACCACAGAGAUCAGAAAUAAUGGCAGUGAAGAAAUGUAUCAAUCUUGCAGUGAAUUUCAGACUUACACCUAUAGAAGCUGAGAAACAAGCCUGCGGAAGUAGAUGUGUAGUACAGGAGUCUUAACCCUUUCUGUUUUUCAUUGUGUUCAGUGUGACUUAAUUGUAUUUCUAACACUCGAACAAAUAAUGUUCUGCAUAACACCUGUUCAGUUCUGUAGCUAUACUUCAGAAUCAUGAUUCAACAAAAUAUAUGUUUAAAUAAUUGAAGUUAUGUGAUUGAAUUUUAUAUAUAAUGACUAAUUUUCCCUCUUUCUUAUCAUUGUCCAAAUCUUUGCCACCUCCCUUCCCAGACCUCCUUCCAAACCAAAAAACGUAGCAAAGGUGGCAUCAGUGUUUUGCUUCCUUUUCUUAAUAACAAGGUUGAGAACAAAGAGAUUAAAAUUUACAAACAAGCCUGUAGUCUACUGUUUGAAAGCACAAGUACGGAAUCUGAAAUGUUUUUACAUUUUACCCAUCAUAUUAUUUCUACUGUUUCUGAAAAGAAAAAAUCUUGUCAAUGUUACUUCAUUUUUUGCAAUGAUGGAUUGGAACAAACCUUAGAUACUUGACUCACGGUUGCUGUCACUGGAUCAACAUAUUUUCCUUCUGUUGCUUUCUGUUUUCUGACUGAAUUCUGAAGCCUUUUUUGGCUUGGUUAUACCAAUAACUUACUUUUGAAGCCUAUUAUCGUUUUCCUCAGCCUCUAGAUUAUCUAUAUUUCAGAUAGGCAUUGGACUUCAAAAUUAAUAUUAAUUACAUUGCAUGGGUCAACAAUAGCUGUUUUAGUUCUGCUAUUUGUUUAAUCUUGAGUCAAAAGUUUAAUAGACAAAUAGCUUGAGAAUACAUCAAAUAUUUGAAUGAUCCCAAUUUCAAGUUUUGAAUUUCAAUAAUGUAUACACAAAACCAAAACCUAUGGUUUACUGUUGAUAUAUAUGUUUCUUUGAAAUUCGAACAGAAUUGUUGACAAUUGUUUUAAGCAAGUUAAUACUUUGAUAAAACAGGUGACUAGAAUGGCACUCAAAAAUGUUUGUGUAUUUGUAAAGUUGGACAUUGCACAACCAUGUCUCAGCUGUAAUCUUACUAAUAUUUACAAAAAACUAUUCAUAAAUAUAAUUCAAUUGUAAAAGAAAAUGCUUUGUAACCAAUUAACCAAGUUGAGCACAGAUAUAUUCCAUACAGUGUGGUUUUUGUUAUUGUUCACACCUCCCAAAGUAUUUUUCCCAUAUCAUUGUGUUGUAAAAAGAGGAAUUCAGGAAUGACAUGCAAUUCCUGAACAUAACCAAAAAAAUCUUUUCUUGCUAAAAGGGACAGACGAGUUUAAAAAAGAAUAAUGGAAAUCUUAUUCAUGCAGUCAAAAUUUGUGUCCCUACAUAGUUGAUGCAGCAAUUAUUUCCAUUCAAUAAUGGAAGAAUCGCCUCCUGUGCACUUUCUGACAUUCUCCCAAGCAAUUUGGUUCCAUCCAGUGUAGUUGGUCUUUGAUCAGAACUUUAAUGAUUUUUAUUCAGCAUACAAAUGAUAACUUCUGCUAGAAUUAAGCUUGUUUUGACUUGUUAUUUUAUACUAAAAGAUCAAUAAUAUCCCUAUUUUUGGAUGUGUUCAAGCUUAUUUUAAUCUUUUGUGGAAAACACAGUUUUCUUCUAGGACCUGUGGUGUGUUUUUCUGAAAUGUGUAAUUUGAAGCAACAGGUAAAACCACCUGGAGAUGAUACCUUGGGUCCAGUAAUCACAGUAUUUGAAAUGGCCAGUGCAUUCUGUUCAAAUUAAAAUAGACCUCUAUUAUAAUUAAUGUAAUUAAGGAAAAAAUCCUUUACUAAAAGUUGAUUCAAUUGAUUGUUAUACUUUAAAUAAUGCAUCAAUGCAUUACUUUCAGGUAAUUGCAUGAAGUGGUUACAUGCAAUACCAGACUCUACUGUAUCACAAUGCAUGAUUUUUAAUUUUCUUCGGUUUUUAAAGGUAUUUAAAAUGUUUUCUAGGAAACUCCAAUUCUGCAUGUGUAGGGGUUAGCCAAUGGGCAAAUUGGGGAAAAAAACUUAACGAAAUUUUAAAAUGUUAAGUUCUGAUUUCCUGUAUCUCUUGUGUAACUGCAUUUUUUGGGAUAAUCAUUUCUUCUUUAAUGAAUACAUUAGUACAUAAAAAUAAUCAUUUUAGUAACCUGCCAUCAGUUAUAUCCUCCCAGGUUAACUUUUGGCUGAACAAUUUCUUCUGAUUCAUUGUUUCAGCGGCUCCGUCAAUAUUUUAACUCUACAGAUGUAUGAUUUCCUCGAGACGUUGAUAGUUGUAGUCCAGUAGACUGGAGCUGGCCAGUAGAGUACAGCUGAAUUUACUUGGUCUAGCUCAAUCAGUGCUGAAGUUAACACUGCACAACAAAAUAUCGCAGUAAAAAUUUUAAAUGUGUGAUUGCACCUUAAGUAUAAUUGGAAAUGUAUUUUAAAAUAGAUGUUCAUAUUCAAUUCUGAGUUCAGUGGACAUUUUGAUUAUCUUUUGCACUAGAUGCUUAAAGGGAGUUUCUGGCCUGGCACAUCUCUUAGGACAAAUGAUAACAGUCACAGGCAACAAAGCUUUCAUUUGAUAAGGUUUUAGGAAAUGAAUCAAUAUUCAAGAAGUGAAAUGUCAUCUGCAAAGUGACAGAUCUUGAUUGUUUUAUGUAGCAAUGUACAUUGAUCUCAAUGAGAUAAUUGUUUUACUUGAUUCUCUUGUAUGAGAAUAUUAAAACAGGAUGAAAAUUUAAAGUUCAGUUUGCUUCACUAUGUUAACAAAUGAUCACAGGUGUGCAUGCGUGUUGUUGGAUUAUAUUGUACAGUGCUAGGUAUAUUCCUGUAACCACUUUUUGCUGAAAUGAAUCUGGUUCUUUAACAGCCAGGAAUGCGCAGUUAUACAUAUUACAUGUUAUGUACCUUUUAGAAGUUUACUAACUCACCUAGAAGCAUUGUUGAAUAUGUUCAGUUUUAAGUUUUAUUCUGUUGAUUUUGAGAAUUAGUAUUUGGUAAAAUAUUGUGGAAGAAGUUCCUCCAGUAAUUUGCUAUACAUAUGCUUUUGCAAAGUAAUUGCCAUUAUGAAAAUGAGCUGAUGAGAAGGAACUGGUUUCAGCAGUUAUAACUAAUGCACAUCGUGAAGUUACAAUAAAUAGCAAACACCCACCCAACUCUACAUCACAAGGUAAUGCUUGCCUCUACCACAAUUUUAUUUAGUGUAGAAUGUUUUUUUUUUAAUGAUGUUUGUCUGUUGUACUGCUGGAGAAAAUCAGUGGUGCAAUAAUGUUGGAAUAGUAUUUCAGCUUAGUUUUUUUCUCAUUGAAAAUGCUCACAGACAUUGUUGAAGUUUUGUAAAUGGUUUCAAAACCAAUAAAAAAAAUUUUGUACUACAUUCUGGUCUUGAACAUAUGUACGCAUAUAUUGUGCUGUAUUUCUGAUAAUGUCAGAUCUACCUCCUGUUCUGGAUAUUAUUCAUUCGCACAUGGGCAAAUUCAUUGGAAAUACUAUUUAUGUAAGGGAUUAGUUAUUGACCUGAGAGUUGCAAAUUCUAAUGCUUUCAAUACCAACGGAAUCAAUUCCUUAAAAAGCAAAAUACUGUGGAUGUUGGAAAUAUGAAAUAAAAACAAAGUGCUGGAGAAACUCA